CCAUAGUUAACCUAGGCCAUUUAGACUUAAUUCUGUGCUUACUUGGGUUUGGUACUAACUACUGCUAAUUCAUUCAUUGAUUAUAUUGAAUACCCUGAACCACAUGUUUGGGAUAAGGAAGUGAAGAAAACAAACAGAAAUCCCUGCUCCCUGGAGUUUAAUGUACUACAUGGGGUGGCAAACAAUGAACCUAAUAAAUGAAUAAAUCGUAUAGCAUAUUAGAAGGGAAUACGUGCUAAAAUAGAAUAGGGUGAGUGAGGUUGAGGGUACCAAGGGCGGUUCGUUCGAAUUUUAAAUAGGGUGGUCAGGGAGGGCCCCACUGAGAAGAUGACAUUUGAGCCAAGACCUAGAGUAGGUGACGGCAUCAAAUCAGCGCACAUGGAUGAAGCAGCCAAGAGCAAAGACCUGAGGAGGAGUGGGAGGAGUCCAAGGCCGCAAAAGUGAGGGGAAAUGCUCACGGGACAGGAGGGCAUGUGGGGUGCAGAUUGGGAAGGGGGCUUUGUAAGCCAGUGCAUGGACUUGAACUUUUACCCUCUGUGAGAUGGUGAGGGUGUUGACGUGGUCAUUCUGCUAUGUUGAGAGCAGACUCGGGUACAAGAGUGGAAGGAGGGAGGGGAGUUGACUUACUGCACGAAAGCCAGGUAAGUGAUGUUGGUAGAUGAGACCAAGGUGGUUUGAAGCUAUGAACUUUCCAUUAAUGAGCACAUUUUUACAUUUAACUAUUUGGUUGGCUGUAUUACAACUACAUUUUUCUCAAGGAUUCUUGAGUGUGAUAAUGCUUGAGUUCUUUCAUAUUGUAAAAUGACUGUUUCCUUACAAGUGGCAUUCUAGCUUGGUAAAGAAGUCUGGGGACAUGUCUUUCCCUUGAUGCUCUGUGGACAUUGCUGUUUUGUCUUCUGACACUGAUGUUCUGGAGAAAACUGCAGAUGGUUUUUUCCAGCAUUACAGGUUAUCUGCUGCUUCUGCCUCUUUGUUGGUAGUGUCAUUAACUUUGCCAGGAUAUGUCUUGCCUUGAUUGCACUCUACUGAUUUUUCUUUGCAUAUGGUGAACCUUUCAAGCUAUGGAUUGAGUUAUUUAAUUUCAGGAGAGUUUUCCUGUAUUAUAUCUUUAAUUUUCUUUUCCUGUGAAUUUAUUUGGUUCUCUUCUGCAGAAUUACCAAGUUUGUGUCUGACAGAUCUUUACCUCCCAUAUCUAACAUCCUUCUGAUCACUUUCGCCAUUGUUUUCCUCUAUUCCAUUUCCCAAAUGAGUUGUCUCUUUCACUGACUUUUUCAACAUUUUGAUUUUACUUACUGCUCUUCUUCGUGUAGGAACAGGUAACAUUAUGUGUUACUAAUUUUCUCCAUUUUAAUCCUUGAUGACUCAUUUUUCUCCCUUACCUUUCCUCAGAGGGAAACAGUGCCCACAGGGCAGAAUAUUCCCUGCUGCAGCCUGUCACUCAGUUUAGAGAAACCUGAAACCUGCUUAAGAUCUAGAGAAAAGGACAGACCCACGAGGACAAACAUGAGGAGUGCGGCCAAACCCUGGAGUCCAGCCAUCAGAGUGGGGAGCCAUGGCCCAGACCGUGUGCGGCCCCUCCCCACGGCCUCUGCUGGCAUGAAGAGUUCUAAAUCUUCAACCUCCUUGGCUUUUGAGUCCCGACUCAGCAAGCUCAAGAGGGCCAGCAGUGAAGACAUGCUCAACAAACCCGGAAUUGCCCCUGCGUCCGGAGUGGUUCGACUGAAAAAGACUAUGACAGCAGGAGUCGUCUCUGAGCUCACGGAGAGCCGCCUGAGGAAUGGGACAGGGGCCAUUACAACAACCAAACGGACAGGCAUUCCAGCACCACGGGAAUUUUCAGCAACUGCCUCGAGAGAGAGGCCUGUGUCACGUGCUCCCUCCAACCCCAGGAAACCGGUGUCCAGCCCAACUUCUCCUAGCACUCCCACCCCCACCCGGCACCUGAGGACUGCUUCCACAAAGCCCAAGCAAGAGAAUGAAAGUGGAGAAAAGGCUGUGCUUGAGUCCCAGGUUCGGGAACUUUUGGCAGAAGCCAAAGCAAAAGAUAGUGAAAUUAACAGGCUUCGAAGUGAACUAAAGAAAUGCAAAGAGAAAAGGACUCUGAACACCGAAGGGACUGAUGCUUUGGGCCCAAAUGUAGAUGGAACAUCAGUCUCCCCUGGUGACACAGAACCUUUAAUAAGAGCUCUUGAGGAGAAGAACAAGAACUUUCAGAAAGAGCUUGCUCAUCUGGAGGAGGAAAACCAGAUCUUGAAGGAGAAACUGACCUAUCUUGAGCAAUCCCCCAAUUCAGAAGGGGCAGCAAGUCACACCUGUGACAGCAGCUGCCCGACAUCCAUAACUCAGGAGUCGAGCUUCGGAAGCCCUGCUGGAGAUCAGCUGUCGAGUGAGAUUGACGAGUAUAAAAAAAACAUCCAUGGAAAUGCGUUACGGACGUCAGGUUCCUCGAGCAGCGACGUCACCAAAGCUUCUUUGUCACCAGAUGCCUCUGACUUUGAGCACAUUACAGCAGAUACCCCCUCGAGGCGCCUGUCCUCCACUAGUGACCCCUGUAAGAGUUCGAAGUGUUCCGUUGCUGGGAGCUCCCCACACGACGCAAGCGAGCUGGCCCUGGCAUCCCUCACAGAGAAGAUUCAAAAGAUGGAAGAAAGUCACCACAGCACCGCAGAGGAGCUGCAGGCCACUCUGCAGGAGUUGUCAGACCAGCAACAGAUGGUGCAGGAAUUGACGGCCGAGAAUGAGAAACUGGUGGACGAGAAGACGAUGUUAGAGACAUCCUUUCAUCAGCAUCGAGAGAGGGCAGAGCAGCUAAGUCAGGAAAACGAGAAGCUGAUAAAUCUUUUACAAGAGCGAGUAAAGAAUGAAGAGCCCAGCACUCAAGAAGGGAAAAUCCUGGAGCUGGAGCAGAAGUGCACAGACAUCCUUGAGCAGGGCCGCUUUGAGAGGGAGAAGCUGCUCAACAUUCAGCAGCAGUUGACCUGCAGCUUGCGGAAGGUGGAGGAAGAAAAUCAAGGAGCUUUAGAAAUGAUUCAGUGUCUGAAGGAAGAGAAUGAAAAACUGAAUGGAUUUCUGGAACUGGAACGGCACAAUAACAGCGUGAUGGCCAAUGCUUUGGAAGAGUGUGGAGGUACCUUGGAAGGGUUGAAGGCGGAGAAUGGGUCUCUGAAGGCUCGUGUGGAGGAAGAGAAGCAGAAGCCCAUAGAGACCAGCACCGUGGGGCCCAUGGCAGAGAGCUGUGAUGUUCAGGAAAUGUUGCAGGUGGCUAGAGCCGAGAAAGGUCAACUGGAACGGUCUUGCACUGAGCUCAGACAAGAAUUACUAAAGGCAAAUGGUGAAAUUAGACGUAUUGCAAGCCUGCUAGCCAAGGUGGAAAAGGACUAUGCUUACCUGAAGGAGCUAUGUGAUCAUCAGGCAGAACAGCUGAGCAGAACCAGCCUGAAGCUGCAGGAGAAAGCGUCAGAGAGUGACGCGGAGAUCAAGGACAUGAAAGAAACCAUAUUUGAAUUGGAAGAUCAGGUGGAGCAGCACCGGGCCGUCAAGUUACACAAUAAUCAGCUCAUUAGUGAGUUAGAAAGUAGCGUGAUCAAGCUGGAGGAGCAGAAGUCAGACCUGGAGAGGCAGCUGAAGGCUCUGAGGAAGCAGAUAAAGGAGGAGACGGAGGAGUGGAGGCGGUUCCAGGCGGACUUGCAGACGGCGGUGGUGGUAGCCAAUGACAUCAAGUGCGAGGCCCAGCAGGAGCUGCGCGCUGUGAAGAGGAGGCUGCUGGAGGAGGAGGAGAAGAAUGCCAGGCUGCAGAAGGAGCUGGGGGACAUGCAGGGCCACAGCAGACCUGUCGAUGAAGAGCCAGAGUCCUCCGAGGUCGAUGCUCCCGGCUGGUGGCGCGGCGUCCACGCUAACAGGGCCUCUCCAGCGCCUGCGGAGUCCGCGGCCACUGUUAAGUCACUGAUCAAGUCAUUUGAUGUGGGCCGCCCAGGUGGAGCUGGACAGAAUAUUGCUGUUCAUAAGACCCCCAGAAGCCCCCUAAGUGGAAUACCAGUGAGGACCACUCCAGCGGCUGCUGUCUCUCCAAUGCAGAGACAUUCGACUUACAGCAGUGCACGGCUGGCCAGCAAAGGAGUGACUCCGCGCUUGGAUCUGCCUGACCUUGCCCUCUCAGAUCUUCUACAAGGAAGGGCUGAGGACCUGAAGCCAGACCCUUACCUCCAAAAGAGCCCCUCACUCGAGUCCCUGAGCAGACCCCCCUCUCUGGGCUUCAGGAACUCAGGACUGCUGAGCUCCUCCGCCAGGGGCCUGAAGCCACAGAGCAAACUCAGUGUGGAAAGGAGAGACCCUCUGGCAGCCUUGGCCCGCGAAUACGGCGGCUCCAAGCGCAAUGCUCUGCUGAGGUGGUGCCAGAAGAAGACAGAAGGCUACGCGAACAUCGACAUCACCAACUUCAGCAGCAGCUGGAGCGACGGCCUGGCCUUCUGUGCUCUGCUCCACACCUACCUGCCUGCCCACAUCCCCUACCAGGAGCUGAACAGUCAGGAGAAAAAGAGGAAUCUCUUGUUGGCAUUUGAAGCAGCUGAAAGUGUGGGCAUCAGGCCCAGCCUGGAGCUCGGCGAGAUGCUGUGCACGGACCGGCCCGACUGGCAGAGCGUGAUGCGGUGCGUGGCCCAGAUCUACAGGUAUAAGAGUUUGGUCACUGGGACUCGAGCAAGAGGGGUCAUUGCUGUCCUCUGGGUCCUUGCCUUUGGCAUUGGAUUGACUCCAUUCCUGGGGUGGAACAGUAAAGACAGUGUCACCAACAACUGCACGGAGCCCUGGGAUGGAACCAUGAAUGAAAGCUGCUGCCCUGUGAAGUGCCUCUUUGAGAAUGUGGUCCCCAUGAGCUACAUGGUAUACUUCAAUUUCUUUGGGUGUGUCCUGCCCCCACUGCUCAUAAUGCUGGUGAUCUACAUCAAGAUCUUCAUGGUGGCCUGCAGACAGCUUCAGCGCACUGAGCUGAUGGACCACUCGAGGACCACCCUCCAGCGGGAGAUCCACGCAGCCAAGUCGCUGGCCAUGAUUGUGGGGAUUUUUGCUCUGUGCUGGCUACCGGUACAUGUCAUCAACUGUGUCACUCUUUUUCAGCCAGCUCGAGCUAAAAAUAAGCCCAGGUGGGCAAUGAAUAUAGCCAUUCUCCUGUCGCAUGCCAAUUCCGUUGUUAAUCCCAUUGUCUAUGCUUACCGGAACCGAGACUUCCGCUAUACUUUUCACAAAAUCAUCUCCAGGUAUGUUUUGUGCCAGGCAGAUGUCAAGAGUGGGAAUGGGCAGGCAGCGGCACAGCCUGCUCUCAGUGUGGGCCUGUGACCUGGGCUCUAGCCUCUUCAAGGAGAAAGUACAAAUUCACAGUACAUGAAGAGGCAGGGCAUAACUAAUUGAUCCUCACUGUGGAAGACAGCUACACUUCACAAGCAUGUGGGCUGCCUCUUCUGAGCACUUCCCUGGAGUUACCACAUAUCUCGCUAAUAUGUAUGUGUUAUUAGUAGGCACCAAGGGUUGUCAAAUAUAUUUAUAGUCUAUUUGGCUGCUCUUACUGCAUGGAUGAUGCUGACAACUUGAAUGGAUUCUAAAAGACUGUUUUGUUUUUAAAAGUCUGCCUCCUUUAUGGUAGAAAAUGACAAACUAUUUUACUGUGAACUAUUAUAAUGUAACUUUUUUUAACUUAGAAGCAAUGGAAAAAUAAAAGGUGGCUGUACUAAAAA